AUGCACAGAGGGACAGCCUUGCAAAGAGGCAGCAAGAGCAUGGCAACCUAUAAGCCAAGAAGUGAGGCCUCAGAAGAAACCAAACUUGCUGAUACCUUCAUCCUGGACUUCCAGGCUCUGAAACUCUUAAUCAGAAUUCUGUUAACUGUGUUGUUUUUCCUCCCCAAGAUAACUGCUAAAAUACCAAGCAUGGCAGUUACUAGACCUACAGCUACUGGAUAUGGGUCCAAGACAUCCCUGACGUCAUCAAUGGGAAGACCAAUGACAGGGGCUAUUCAGGAUGGAGUUACUAGACCCAUGACAGCAGUGAGAGCAGCAGGUUUUACCAAAGCAUCUUUGAGAGGCUCUGCAUUCAACCCACUUGACCAAUCAAGGGGCCCUGCUCCUCCUUUGGAAACCAAAAACGAAGAUAGUCCAGAAGAGAAGAUUAGACAAUUAGAGAAGAAAGUAAAUGAGUUGGUAGAAGAAAGCUGUAUUGCUAACAGUUGUGGAGACUUAAAAUUGGCCUUAGAAAAGGCAAAAGAUGCAGGAAGAAAAGAGAGAGUCCUGGUGAGACAACGGGAAUAAGUUACAACUCCAGAAAAUAUCAAUUUGGAUUUAACUUACUCAGUUCUUUUCAACGUGGCCUGUCAGUAUUCAGCUAAUGAAAUGUAUGCUGAGGCACUAAACACAUAUCAAGUUAUAAUGAAAAACAAGAUGUUUAGCAAUGGGGGGAGACUGAAAGUGAAUAUGGGAAAUAUUUACUUAAAGCAAAGAAAUUAUUCCAAAGCCAUUAAAUUCUAAAUGGCCUUAGAUCAAAUCCCAAGUGUCCAUAAAGAAAUGAGGAUUAAAAUGAUGCAGAACAUUGGAGUUAUAUUUAUUAAAACUGGUCAAUAUUCAGAUGCCAUUAAUUCAUUUGAGCAUAUAAUGAGCAUGGCACCAAAUCUGAAAGCAGGCUUCAACCUGAUUCUUAGUUAUUUUGCUAUUGGAGAUCGAGAAAAAAUGAAGAAAGCAUUCCAGAAAUUGAUUGCUGUUCCAUUAGAAAUUGAUGAAGAUGAUAAAUAUAUUUCACCAAGUUAUGACCCCCAUACUAACCUAGUGAUUGAAGCUAUAAAAAAUGAUCCUCUCAGACAAAUGGAACGUGAAAGGAAAGCCAUGGCAGAAAAAUACAUCAUGACUGCUGCAAAACUCAUUGAUCCUGUAAUUGAAACAUCUUUUGCUGUAGGUUAUGAUUGGUGUGUGGAAGUAGUGAAAGCUUCUCAAUAUGUAGAGCUAGCCAAUGAUCUGGAAAUAAACAAGGCAAUUACGUACUUGAGACAGAAAGACUUCAACCAAGCAGUAGAUACCUUAAAAAUGUUUGAGAAAAAGGACAGUAGAGUGAAAAGUGCAGCUGCAACCAAUCUCUCAUUCCUGUAUUAUCUGGAUCACAUUGAUCAUGCAGUCAUAUAUGUUCAUGAGAAUUGAAUGAUGCUGAUGUCAAGUCUGAAUCUCCAGAACUGUG